ACUUCCGGCCUGGGCGCCCGUCCCCCUGACCCCAGGGUCUGAGUCGCCGCUGCCGCCGCUGCCACCAUCCGCGAGGCAGGCGAGAGGAAGAGUGCGGCGUGACGGCCCCGGGGCCGCGGAGGUGAGGGCGGCCGCGGGCUCAGGGGGGCGUGCGCCGAGUGGCUGGGAUGAGAGCGCGUCGGGAAGCUGGGCUUCGGACGGGGGUGGGUGGGGAGGCGGGAGGGCGAGCGCGGCAGAGCGGACUAGUGCGCGUGCGUGUCGUGUUAGGGGUGUGUGUGGGGGGGGUGGGCGUGAGCGGGCGCGCGGCCGGGGAGUUCGCGCGCGCGCGCGGGAGAGAUUGGCGCCGCGGCCUGGGACAAUGCGCGUGCGCUACUCCGGCGGCAGUGCUGGGCCGGCAGGCACCUGGGUUAUCCAACCGGUGGGGUCCGGGCCACCCGGACUGGACUUGCAGCCGGUCAUGGCCGGAAGUGCCAGGGACUUGUUGCGGGGGCGAGGCUUGAUGUGGGGAGAGACCCCGCCGCCUGGAUUGGGCUGACCGGAAACGGCGGCCCAUGGUCAGUCUCGGCCCAAGUUCUCCCAAGUCCUCUCCUUCCUCAAAUCGAGUCGCCUGGCCCGUUGCUGCCUCGGGGGCCAUGCGCUGGCCUUUGAUCCAGCGAGUAAUUACGGGAUGCAGGUGGCGGGAGGCUCAUUCAUCUAUUUCCCCCGCGCGUGCUGACCGGCGGCAGGAAACACGUCCUGGGAGGGGAAGCGCCAGGCCAAGGGACCCAGAUAUGGAGCUUCGAGAAGAAGCUUGGUCUCCGGGGCCACUGGAUUCUGAGGACCAGCAGAUGGCCAGUCAUGAGAACCCAGCCCCUGAAGGCCAGCGCCUGAACAUGAGCUCCAGGCUGCUUCGAGAGUUCCCAUCUUAACCUUUGACUGGACAUCCUCAUCAUGGAUGACGAUGACGUCCCCAGCUGGCCCCCGACCAAGCUGUCCCCACCCCAGUCUGCACCUCCUCCUGGGCCCCCGCCCAGGCCGCGGCCACCAGCACCCUACAUCUGCACUGAGUGUGGCAAAAGCUUCAGCCACUGGUCGAAGCUGACACGACACCAGCGCACGCACACAGGCGAGCGGCCCAAUGCCUGUACCGACUGCGGCAAGACCUUCUCGCAGAGCUCGCAUUUGGUGCAGCACCGGCGCAUCCACACAGGCGAGAAGCCAUAUGCCUGCUCAGAGUGCGGCAAGCGCUUUAGCUGGAGCUCCAACCUCAUGCAGCACCAGCGCAUCCACACGGGCGAGAAGCCUUAUACUUGCCCCGACUGCGGCCGCAGCUUCACACAGAGCAAGAGCCUAGCCAAGCACCGGCGCUCCCACAGUGGUUUAAAGCCCUUCGUGUGUCCGCGCUGCGGCCGUGGCUUCAGCCAGCCCAAGAGCCUGGCACGCCACCUGCGGUUGCACCCAGAGCUGUCAGGGCCAGGUGUGGCAGCCAAGGUGCUGGCAGCCAGCGUGCGGCGCGCCAAGGCACCGGAGGAGGCCACAGCAGCGGACGGCGAAAUCGCUAUCCCAGUGGGCGAUGGCGAGGGCAUUAUUGUGGUGGGCCCGCCAGGGGAUGGUGCUGCAGCGGCCGCAGCUCUGGCUGGGGUGGGGACGCGGGCAACGGGGACACGGUCGCGCAGGGCGCCGGCGCCCAAGCCGUAUGUGUGCAUGGAGUGCGGGAAGGGUUUUGGGCACGGGGCUGGGCUGUUGGCCCACCAGCGCGCUCAGCACGGGGAUGGGCUCGGGGUAGCGGUUGGUGAGGAGCCUGCACACAUCUGCGUGGAGUGUGGUGAGGGCUUUGUGCAGGGUGCCGCACUGCGGAGACACAAGAAGAUCCAUGCAGUUGGGGCGCCUUCGGUCUGCAGCAGCUGCGGACAGAGUUUCUAUCGGGCGGGUGGAGAGGACGAUGGAGAGGACCAGUCGGCUGGUGCGCGGUGUGCCGAAUGUCGGGGUGGGGAGGCCCGGUAGGGACGGGGAGGCCCGGGGGGUGGACAGGGCCCCUCGGGCUCGGUGGGAACUACCAGUGUGCAAGACCACGAGGGAGGCCCAGAGAGAAUCAGACCGAAAGGAACAGCGGCCUUGUCUCCUUCCUUACUCCGUGCUGUUCUGGGUGUGAGGGGACCUGCAACUAUUGGGUUCUCAGGACUGUCCACAGCCUCUCUGCCGACCCGCCCUACCGCCUGGUGGGCUGGCCCUUUGUAGGUUUCCAUUCUGGGAGCCAGAGACUGAGAGAACUGCAAGGAUCAAUUGGCACUAGACCCUCAAGGGAAAGACCACCCCCACUACAGGUGUUGGGCUGCGGUGUCGUAAGAAAUGGAGGGAAUCCUGGCCUUAUGCAUCAAAAGGGCUUCCUUCCCUUCUAGAAUUUUCUUUUAAUCAUACUGUCUGACCCGUCCCAUCCAUUAUUUUUUCUGCCCCCCAUGGGUCCUUAUCAAUUUUCUAGCCCAAGUCGUUCCUCUUCCUCUUGGAUUUGCAGUAGCAGAGGCGUGAAGUAGCCUCCUGUUCCCAGCACGGUCUUAUUGAGAGGUCCUGGCAGUGGAAAAAGGGAUGUGGGGGCAAUAAAUGGCAUUAUUCAAUUGUCCCA